GCUCAUCUAUUGUCGCGCACUGUGAUGUUCUUGCUCGUAGUGGAUCUCGUCCGGUCAUGCAUGUACAAAGGCACCGAGUGCAUCGGCUACACCAUCAUCAGGAACGGAACCGAUUUCGAGGAGCGUUUGUAUCCGCCGUCAAAAUGGAUAACUGCCAGGACUCGGGCUCCCAGUGUGUACGAGGCUAGUCGCAAAUCCUUCAUGAAGCUCGUAUAUUACAUACAAGCUUUCAACAAGCAAAACGUCACUGUCGAUCUGACUACUCCCCAUCGAACGAAGAUCUAUUGGGGGGCAGGCGGCCGCUCUAACGCAGAAUAUUCACUCUCUUUCCCUCUACCGAAGAAUCUCUACAAGGAUCCACCAAAAGCCAACGAUCCCUCUGUCGUUGUGGAGAAUGAACCGGCAACGCUUUAUCUCGUCAAAAAAUUCGCCGGCCGACCCAGUGAAGGAGAAUGGAUAGAGAUCGCGAAGAAAUUCUAUCGCCGCAUGAAGAAGUACAAUGUGCCAAUAGAAAAAAAUUAUUUCUACACAGCUCGGUAUGACAUGGUGUAUUUCAUCAACGAGCGUCGAAACGAGAUCUGGCUCCCCCUGGCACCGUGAUCUUCGAUUCGUUGAGUCCGCGUGCGGCGAGGGAGAAAAGCGUCGAGUCAUCCGCGUAAUUUAUAAGCUCUCUCCGGAGCGUCCCGGAUGGAAACGCUCAUGCGACGAAUUAUCCCGUCCUCAAAGCAGGGAUAAUCGCAUCAUUCCAAUUAUCCGCCUCGCCAACAUGCUUGUGAUGAACGUCGGGGAGCCUUCGUGGAGGAUUUGAGGCUCUUCAGUUCGAAGAAUUCGAGAACGAUUGCGCGAAUGACCUCCCGAGAUCACUUGCGUAUGGGGUCGAAGGAUUGUUUGAUGUAUUGUGAAGCAUAUUUAUUGAUGUGAAUGUCAUGGUCUUCGAGGAAAAUGUGUGGUUGUAUCGAUUCCCAAUCUCUGGAAUGAUCCGCGACUUGUAAAAUCCAGUCAGGUGGGCUCAGGUCGAGACGGGAAAAUAAACAGCAUGCCAGCUGU